AUGGCAAGACGAGUAACAUUUUUGCUAUUCAACGAGACGGAGCAGAGUUACCAGGUCUGCAGUAACACUUCUGUUAUAGGACAUCCGUUCAAACUUGAGGAGAAAAUUGUUGACUUUCCAUUUAACACUACACAUAACGUAAAACAAAAUUCAAUAUUGAAGAAAUCAAGUAAAACAAUUGAAUAUAGGGAAGGAGUAAAUCCUACUUAUGCAACGAUAAGCCAAGACAAAACUCUUAAUCUUUCUGAAAAUUGUUCAACUUCAAAUUAUGGAAAGGAACCAUUGAAAUUAUUGUGCACCUGUUGUUCAUACGGUGAAUAUAAAAAUUUCAACAACACGAGCAACAGUCAAACAGAAUGCAGCGAUGAUGCCAUCAAUGAAAUCACAUUCACAUCUAACGAAGUGAGCAACAAAACUGAAUCUAGCUGCUCAUGGAACUCUUCAGCUGACACCACUGUAACAUUAGUUCCGUUCUUUUCUUCUACAAGUUCGGAAAUAUUUGAAAGCCUGCAAUACAUUGAUGACGACGAAGACGGAGGAAACGAUAAUAAUGAUCACCGUUGUGCAGAGCAAACAUCACAAAGCAUCUCAACCAACAGCAAUUUAUCGGAUCAUCGUAUCAGCCACACAAACGACACUAGAUCACCAAAGACAACUUCAACAUCAGCGGAUGCAGCCAGAAAUGAUUUGAGAAACUAUUUUACCGACGCUUCCAGGAUAACAAUUCAUUCCUCAAUUUUUCCAAGCAACAACACCUCGAACAUCAACUGCAACAACUCAACUGACAAUUGUUACGAAGUUAACUGCGACCCGCCUGGCUGCUUGAUUGAUAACAUCUGUACAUCUCACGAGUUACAUUUUAAAUGCCCUUGGUGUGCAGCUGUAAAAACUCUCCAGCCUGGACUUAAUUAUUACUACUUGUUGAAGCACAUCUUCAGCGAAGAUCAGCCAGAAAAAAUAAUAGAAAAACUGGAAACUUGCAUUUGUCCAACAGUUGCUGAUGGUAAUCAGGAAACCGACACAGAAGUGAAAAUCAAAAAUCCUCUGGCUAGAAGAGUGGCAAAAUCUCUCGUUAAUAAAUUUCGACGUUUGACACAGCAGAAUGUUGUAAAAGUGAAGGCUUCAUCAAAGCAAUGCGUUUUGUAA